AUGUUUGAAGCUGACGAUGCUAUGCCUGCAGCGCCAGCUGCGACCGAAGAGCCCCCAGCAGGCUCCGGUCAUGCUGCUGUUGAGCUUGGUGAUGCCUCGAUGGGUGAAGGUGGUGAAGUGGUGAAUGAUGAGAAUGAUGAGAUGGUGGAGCCACCGCCCCCGGUGCACCGGCACCGAAGCAAGGCUUCAAGUGCAGAGCUGCAUGCUGAGUCAACUUUGUCUCUGCCCUCCACUGAUGAUCUUGGUGAUGCCUUCGAAAUGCCGGCCAUGACUGAUGAGCAGAAAGCGGAGCUAGCAGAAGUUUUGGCACAGAUUCGGCAAGCAGAAGGUGCGACCCCCGUGGACGAGCCGGAGGUGGUUGCUGCAGCCGGCAAAGGCCGUGGAGAUGCUGGGGAUGGUGCCCCACUUCCGAACCCCGAUGUGGAUACGCAGCUCAUCAUCGAGGAGCCGGUUGAGCCUGCAGUGCCCAUGGCCAAAGUGACUCCGGCCAUGCAGCGUGAGAUGGCGACCGCGAAGCGUGUGAAGAACAGGCGCGGGCCGGGGAAGCCCAAGGCUAAGGUGACCAAGAAGAACAGCCGGAGAUGGGGUCGCAAGAAGGCCCUUUUGCGGUCCAGAUCGUCCUUGUCGGAGCCUGCGGAUGACCCGGCCAAGGCCAGCGGUGAUGAUGAUAUGGGUGCAAGUGGCAAGGAUGAUGCGGAUCCGGCCGAGAAGCUGGAGCCGAAGGCAAAGGCCAAAGCCAAGGCCCGUGGGGCGAAGAAGUCCAAGGACAAGGCCCCGGCAGAGAAGCCCAAGACCAGGGCAGAGAAGGCCGAGACCACAGCAGAGAAGCCCAAGACCAAGGCAGAGAAGGCCGAGACCACAGCAGAGAAGCCCAAGACCAGGGCAGAGAAGCUCAAGACCACAGCAGAGAAGCCCAAGCCGAAGGGCAAAGCGAAGCCCAAAGCGAAGGCCAAAUCCAGCAAGGAGGCGGCCCCUGCCGAGCCGGAGGAGAACGAAGUCUUGGGCAGCUCCGUGAAGCAGCGCCGGGUGGAUUUGGGUGGCAGGCGCUGGGUGUACGAGAUUCUGCCAGGGCAGACGCUGGGUUGCGCAGGAUGCCGGUACUCGUUUGGUGGCUGUGCAAGCUGCCGCAAGGAAUGCUUCCGAGGCAAGAAUGCGGAGGCCUUUGCCCAGACCCAUGAAUAUGUGGUGGGCCUUUCGUGGAUCAACGAUGACGGUGCGCCCGAGACCGAGAAGGCCGAAGGCAGCAAGAAGCGCAAGCGCAAGGGCGGGGCCAGUGUGUGUCUGCUGCAGCCUUUCUUUGGGUUCGCUGUCUACGAUGCAAUGAGCACGGCCUGGCGAAAGCGAAGGCACGAGGAAGCACCAGGUCAGCCUCCUGUGCGCUGUUUUGCUCUGCCCUGUGUUUUGGUCUUGACUGUCGUUCUUCUUGCCCACACGGACGGCCUCCAGUGGGAUGAGGUCUGGCAGUUUGUGGAAGUGUUUGCAGGGAAGGCUGUGCUCUCGAAGUGCAUACAAGAAGCAGGCUACGUCACGGUUGCUAUUGUCAACAAUUCUGCGAGCCCAGCCACACUGACUGCUUUAGCGAUCAUGUUGAUCCUGGCCGUCGGAGGGGUCUUUGUCGUGGUGCCACCAGCGGCAGACACGAUCGAGUCUCGGUUCAUCUCGAUCAACGACCUGCUGCAGGAUUUGUGGCUGGACGCAGAGAUGGUUGCCAAGAGGCGCUUAUCGGAGAUGAAGCAAGCAUCGCCAGCCUCGGCUGCCAGUGGCUACACCCCAGAGGACGAGGACACCGCAGAGCUGCCGCCUUCGUUCAAGAAGGAAAUCACGCCAGAGCAGCGCAGAGAGCUCAAUCUAGCCGCGAGCCUCCGCCGGAUGUGUGAGAUGAAGAAGAACGGCCGCCUCAACGUUCCAGAAUGGGUGCACCAGGACUUCAUGAAAGGCGGCACAGCCCGCCAAGUGUUGCUGAAACACUUCCUAGCCUGUGAUGGCGACAAGGAAAUGUUCGUGCAUCGUGUCGAGUACCAGCGACGCCGAAGCCGGAAGAACACACUUACCGUGAAGGUUGGUUGGUACAGCAAGGAAAACAUGAAGAAACUUUUGGGCUGGACCCCGCGGGACAAGUACCAGAAAAAAAUCCGGGAGUACUGGGUGGAGACGGGGACGGAAGGUACUUACCAGAAGGAGGAUGAGGCAGCCCUGAAGGAAGCAUGGGAAGCUGAGGGCGCCUGUGGUGACGAGGUCACCAUCGGAGGACCCAACCCUGACGAGCCGCUCGUUGCAGCCUCCGCCGAGGAGGAGGACUCUGAGAGUUCGGAGGAGGAGAAACCCAAUCGACCUAAGCCGAGGGGGGGCAAGCCCAGGGGCAGUGGAGGGAAGAAGUCAGAUUUGGAGGAGGAAGCAGCCCUGGAGGCCGUGGAGAACGUGGCCAACGUGAUGUCGAAUAUCCUGCGAACGCAGGCCAAGCUUGAUCAGACGUUCGACAAGCUCGGUGCAUUGGGAACCGAUGAAGCCAAGCAGUACCAAGCCGACAUCAAGAACCACCGCACUGCCAUCAUGACCCUGCAUGACAAGAUGGCGGACCUGAAGUCCUACUUCGAUGGCAAGGGUGACAUGACUCCAGAGAAAAUCAAGGAGCUCAAGACGAUGGUUCAGAAAGUGGAGACUGCGACUGUGCUUCGCGGCAAGAAGGAGGACGAUGCCCAGCCUGCUCUUCUUCUCAUCGAGAUCGACAACAUCCAAUGCAUCGGCGGUGUCAUCCACGAGAUCGGCUGGUCCUGCGGGACGAGCAAUUGUGUUGAAAAUAUUGCCAGUGCUCAGUUUUUGAAAACUGCCGACCGUUUGGCAAAGACCUCUCAUGAGAGCCGUCUGGGUACUGCUAUGGAAGACUUCGGGCUUUCUGCAAACAUACCUUUGAGCUAUGUGGAUGUGACAAUGAAGCUUCCUCAUCCAGUUCUCGGUGUGCGCGACUUUGUCCAAUCGUUGUCUUCAGAAAAGCAAAUUGACGCGCUGUUCUGUGGACACGACGAGACAGAUUUUGCUGAUUUCUGGCGAAGAUUCAAAACUUUGCAACCGCAGCACCCUGUGUUUGACAAGCACCGCAAGAGGCUGGGACGAGUGAUCCCUAUAUGGGGUCAUGCCGAUGAAGGCACGUCGCAGAAGAAGCGGGCUCUAAUGAUUUUGCAGUGGCAGCCAAUCUUGGGUUAUGGAACCUCCAGGGGUGGUACAGGUCUCAACUAUGUCGGUGCCAGUGUUACAACCCGUUUCCUUUACUCAGUGAUGGCCGGCAGGUUGUACAACAGUACACUUUCAGCCAAAAAAACGGCUGAAAUUAUUGGUCUCAGCUUUUGCACGAGAUGUCGGCUCCUGCUUCGACUGUCCUGUUCGUGUGGUGCAUGA